AUGACUAUUUUUUUUCCAUCUCCUCCUUCGCAACCGGUCUCUCCUACCUCUAAUUCGGCAUCAUCAGCAGCCCCGUGUCAACAAUGUAGUGAUCAUCCGCAACCUCCUCCUGAACCUGAUCAUCAGCAACAGAAUCGUCCAUCAUCGUCGGUCCAUACUCCACUUUCUUCGCCACCGCCCACGCCGCCAGCUUCUCCGACUGCUGCUGCACCUCCACAAGGACAUCCUAUGAUAACUCGAGCCAAAUCUAGUAUUCUUAAGCCUCAUCAUCAUGUUGAUUUGUCUUAUGUUUUGUCAUCUCCUAUUCACCAUGCCUUAUUUGCUGCAAAAGAUCCUAAAGGUUUCAAAAUAGCUGCAAAGAUCCCAAGUGGUUUUCAGCCAUGUGUGAUGAAAUGCGUGCAUUAA